CCGGGAGCGCAGGCGCAGUGUGGAGGGCUGGUUUUUGAAUCCGCGGCGUUGUUAUUGACGCCAUAUUGCUGGUGUGGGAGUCACAGGGGGAAGCGCCGCUGCCGCCCGGGCCCCACCGCCAUCGCUCGUCAUCGGCGGCCCCGGACCGGGUAACCGGGCCCGGCCCCGCGCCCCUCGGCACAGCUUCCACCCCGCUACCAGCUGCGGGCGGAAUUGGCCCGGCUAGGGCAGGGCGGGCGGCGAGAGCGGGGAUCCAGCCGGCCGAGCCGGAGCCGCUGGCGGGGCCGGGGCCGCUCCCCAGAGAGAGGCCGACAGGGAGGCGGCGGAGGCCCUGACGCAGCUGCCCCCUCCUUUCCCUGCCGCCCUCCCUUCCCUCCCCCCCUGCCCGCCCCAGACAGCGGGGAAGGCGCGUCUGGGCAGGGCCGGCUGCUGCCACCACCGCCGCCGUUGCCGCCGUCUCCCCUGCCCCUCGCUCUGAGCCCCCUUCCGCCGCCCCGCCGCCGCCCUGCGCCAUGGCUUGCGGCGCCACUUUGAAAAGGACUCUGGAUUUCGACCCGCUGCUGAGCCCGGCGUCCCCGAAGCGGAGGCGAUGUGCGCCAUUGUCAGCCCCGGCCUCGGCCGCUGCCUCCUCCUCUUUCGCCGCCGCCUCCCCGCAGAAAUACCUGCGCAUGGAGCCCUCACCCUUCGGAGAGGUGUCGUCCCGGCUCACCACAGAACAAAUUCUGUACAACAUAAAACAGGAGUACAAACGCAUGCAGAAGAGGAGACACUUAGAAAAUAGCUUCCAGCAGACAGAUCCUUGUUGUUCUACUGAUGCACAGCCACAUGCAUUUCUCCUUACUGGACCAGCUUUGCCAGGUACUUCAUCUGCAGCAUCAUCACCAUUGAAAAAAGAACAGCCCCUGUUUACUCUCAGACAAGUUGGAAUGAUCUGUGAACGUUUGCUGAAAGAACGUGAAGAGAAAAUCCGUGAAGAGUAUGAAGAAAUUUUGACCACAAAACUUGCAGGUAUAUUAUAGUUCAAAAGAAUGUGUUAGGAUUUGUUCAAAUGAAAGCUUAAAGCUUUUCCUGAUGUUUGUUACACUGUACUUUUUUUUCUGAUCUAACAUGAUCAAGAUUGCAUACAGGACAGAAAAAAUGGUGUGUAGUCUCUUUGAUAGGUUUUUUCUCCUAUGCUGGCUUGAGUAGAAACUAUGACUGCUGGGUAUUACUAAUCAGUUGAAACAGUGGAUUUAUUUCAGAUGGAACUUUCUCUUGCUAUCAUGUCUGAAUUGAUGAUUUCCUCCUCAUUUUUUUUUUUUUUUUUUUUUUUGCCAGAAAGCCUUUCUAUUCUCCUGGCUUAAGAGCUCUUUGUGAAGGGCUUUUUUUUCUCCUCCUGCUUGAGAACUGAUUUCCUUUUUCUGGAAUUUGGCAAGAUGACAGUACCUAAGAUUUCUCUUUCUCUUCCCAGUACUUGCCUUUACAUUGCUGCCAGCAGUGUUUGGUAUCUGCCUGAGUGUCAGUCGUUCAGCUGAUGCUCUCUUUUGAAUUGUUGUAUUUCACACCAUUUAGCUAAUAUUUUUGGUGCCUGAUGCCAGCUUACCUUUCCAUAAGGAUCAUGUUAAUGUCAGCAUUAUAAAUAGGACUUUAGUUGAAGUCCUCUACUUCUAAGCAUCUUACUAGCAUUCAAGCAUCUAAAUUCUGGUUCAUUCAGAGGUAGGUGCCUUCACAGUAUGAUUCAGUGUCUACUUUAAUAUUUGUGGUGAUUAUAACAGACAUCUGAGUGCACUUUAGGGCAGCAAACCUGCUUUUGAAUCCCCACAGCUGUUCUGCCUCCCACCUGAAAACACAUCAGAAUUAAAGUUUGCAGAUCUCUUCUGGUGUGGUAGUAGUGAUGUGGCCAUGCAGAGUGUCAGCAGACUUGAGUCAGCCUUGUGGCUUGCCUGUGACAGUGGGGUCUCUGCACCUGAGCCUCUGUUCCCAUUCUGUAUAGCUGACCUGCUGUUCCUGUGUAAGAAAUUGCUACAGUUUUGAGUCUCUCUUAAAUCUGCAUCUAUUUACAACUGGAACUAGACCUCUAAAUAUUUUUGUUGCUUUGGACCUAAUGCUCCAUUUCUGUGCUUAUAACCUGCUUCAGACUGAUGAAUUAUGACCCUUUAGAGUGUUACUCUUCUAAUUUGUGUAUGUUAGGAAUUGGGUCACUGCUUGCAUUCUCUUAAAUACAUUUCAGUUACCAGUUAGCAGUGAUCAUAAUAACUAUUUGAAGAUCAGAUAUAUUUACAUUUGUUCCAGACACUUUCUGAGUACAAACUUUUGGUUCUUUACAAGCAGGAAACCCUCUGGCAGGUUCCUUAUGUGUGCUCCAUGUGUCAGUCCCAAAGGGAACAUUUUCUUUUGCUAUUUUUUGGAAGGGACAGGGGUGGUUUACAGUGAGAUGGGUUAAGUUCUUGUUCUUAGGAUGGUGGUCAUCAAAAGAGCUAGAAAGAUCAUCUUACUGCAUCCCAUAUAUCAAGCCAGUAUUGCAUUUUCAGCAUUAUAUGGAGAUUUAGAAAGAGAGACUACCAAAAGAAUUUACAGAUUCCUUACAUAGAAGGCCAGUUACGUUUUUCUGCCGACAGAUGAUUAUAUUCUUUUCUAAACUUCGUACUGUAAGGUGAUACUGAUUCUUGCAGACUAGUGAAGUCAAUGGAAGUGUACCUGGGAAUUCUGUAAUAAAUCUCAAUUGAAUAGCUUCAUUCAAGUGACUUAGCUGAAUGUUUGGAUCUGGGAUAUUUUCCUGAUUCCUUUCUGAAUCAUGAUUUUCUUGUAGGUAGUUAGCCAGACACUGCCUUAUUUUUUUUUUUUCUUCUCCCAUGUUCUUUGUGAGCAGAGUUGUCUUUCACACAGAGUGAGUGUUUGAUAAAUGGAAAACUCAGAUCAUGGUAAUGCCCUGAUUUCCCUUCCUGCCUGUUACCUGAAACUGCUGUGU